AUGCUUUUCUCUUUUCUUCUCCUGGCGACAUCCGCUGUCGCUCUCACAACCACCACUGCGCCAGCCGCAUGCACGGCCUUCCCUUCGAAGAUCAGGGACUUUUCGUCCGACUUCCAGCAACCAGAACCCCCCCUGAUAGCAAACGAAUUCAAAACAAGCUUCAUCCAGCACAAAUGGAACCAGAACCUCUCCCACAUCAUGGCGGGCUACCUCUACAACUCCCCCUCGCAGAAGCUCGUCCGCGCCGACGAGGCGUAUGACGGCGGACUCGCAACAUCGCUCUUCAACUACGCCAACGUGACCGAUACAGGCUUGGUCGAGAACACCCUGACGGCGUUCGACAACGCUUCCAAGCCAGACGUGUGGAGGGGCUACGUCAACUCCAACUAUCCCCUGUUCGAGGCGGACUUUCUGGUCCAGAACGAGGCGGUCUUUGGCGGUCUCGUGCGCAGGGAGUUUGUCGAGGGAGAUGUGGCUUCGGGCGCGAUCCCCGUCACUGUGUAUGUGGAUUCGUGUGGUGUCGUCGUCGGGUAUGACUAUUUUGCGCCGGGGCUGCGGACUCGCGUGGUGACCAUGUUCUUCAAUACCUAUGUUGGGCCUGUCAAGAUCUAG